AGCUUCAGUUAUACCGCACUAUAGGUCAGCGUCAGGACGAAACUGUGACUGUUUUUAAGGAAGUCGAAGUGUUAUGAGGCGGCCUCAAUGCCCACGCUCAGGCAGCUGAUUUGCGUGUGCAACAAGCUCUAGGUCUAGUCGAGCGUGAGUGCGAGCACCACCCAACCGUGCAGGAGCGUGCGGAGGCUGUUACAUAGCCUCGGGAUCUGCUCCAUCAUUUACCACUUGCUGCACUAGGUGGCGAAAACGAAAACAAAGCUGACAUUGGAUGGCAGAGCAGAAAUAAAAAGCAAAAAGGCAACGUGGCAGGAGCUCCUUGGCAUUCCGACGUCGGCGAGGCACGCGGGGAAAGCCAAGCGUGAUCAAACGUGUCUUAUAGUGACCUUUCUCCUGGUCCUGGAAGCGCGCAUUCAGCAAUCCAAGCACUUCUGAAGCCGUUUGGAAGAAGGUACGCCCAAGUUUACGGCAUCGGGACUUCGGGACGACGCGCAAGUUCGCAAAGUGCUGACGGAAAACCGGGAGGAGCCUUGCGUCACGGAUCGACGAGCAAGACAUGGACAUUGUUUGAUUUGCAGAUGAACUACAAGCAAAGGGAACGACAUACCAACGUGAAAGAACUGUAGCCGACCUGCAGCUCCACAUCCAGGCUCACUAAACAACUUGCUGCCUCAACAAGCGAAUUUUGUCGAAGCUAGGAGAAAAAGUGAAAGAAGAAGAACUGCACGGGCACAGGGAUUGCAGUAGCGGGGAACAAGACCUGCAACGGUCGCAGGCCGCUGCGGCAUUCAUCAACACAGCUUCUGCACGUUAAAUCGCUUGGCGUUCCUCGAAAGCCGACAACCCUAGCGCGUUCGCCCGGAAUCAGUAGCCUCCGUGUUCCGUUUAAUCCAUGGUGACACCUCCCGCAAUGUCGGAACCAGCAACAAGCUCAACCGCUCCGGCGGCCGACGCCCCCGCGAAGGCGGCGAAGCGCGCCGGGAUAAAAUUUUCCGAGCUUUUCAAAGACAAGAAAAUAGUACUGAUUACGUUUGGUUGGUGGUUCUUUCAUAUCACUUACCCUAGUCACAUAGGGAAAUUUGAUGUAUCCAUGCGCAUGCGUAUGUAAGAAAGUACUUUUUUUCACUCGACGUUGGAAGUUCAUAUUUCAUUGUGAUUCUCGCAGUCUUGUUGAAACAAUAACAAUCAGGUACAAUGCAUAACGAAGUUCCACCCGCUCAUGUGGCUAAAGUUGAAAAUGUGCUCGAGAAUACUUGGGUGGCGACUCCCAGACGAUAUGUUUUCAAGCAUGCUUCCCUACCUGAACGACCAGCUGGGAAUAGGCAGACCGGACCUAAAUAUACACGAGGUGGCAGAAGUGGGAGACGUGGACUCGCUGUGGCUCAUGGUGUUGCAAGGUAGCUUCAAAGUUUUGUUGCACGAUGACAGCAAGCAUGCGCGUACACCGAAUUAUGUCUCAGAUUCAGUUUGUCUCCUUGUCCUUUGUGCGUGAUGCCGAAAUAAGAGGCAACAUCGGGGACGACCGGGACUGCAACUACGAAACAAACAGGUGUAUCUGUGCGAAUGAAGUGUCCGUAUACGCAAGCCACGCUGCUGCAGAAGGCCGUACACAGUGGGAAUCCCAACCUGGUGCACAUGCUCCUGGCCAAAAACGCCUCGCCAAAUGUAAAGGGAACCUACGGGUACACCGCCUUGCACGAGUGCGCAUACACAGCAACGGCAAGAGUGGCGCGGCUGCUCUGCGAGUACAAGGCUAAUUGCGACGCCAUAUCAAAAAACGGCAGCACACCGCUGCUCGUUGCCGCAAGAGAAGGAAAGACAGAAAUAGGUACAGAAGAUGACUUGAUGCUUUUUGUUUAUGAGUCUCCUGUAGUUCUUGGAAUUACAAUUAUGUGCCGUUUUUCUUUGCAAAACCGAAACCAUCCGCACACUCGGAUUGCGUACCGCAACUCGGAUUGCGCAAUUUAUCAUAAUAUCAGUGGCAGAGCUUUUAAAGCACAACGCGCACCCUGACGACGGGGGCGACAAGGGCUGGACGCCGCUUUUCUUGGCCGCCAGCGAGGGCCACGUCGCCGCAGCAGAGGUGCUGCUCGCGUACGGUGCAAAUCCGAAUGAGGUGGCGCUGCAGGAGGGCCGCACCCCGCUCGAGGAGGCCAUCGCGCAGAACAAACCCGAGAUGGCCGCGCUCCUGCAUAGGCAUAUGGGCGGCGCAGGAGACGCCGGGAUGGCCGCUGUGGAGGGCGUCUACGCUGCCGCUGCGACUACCCAAGCACAGCAUCAGCUUCUACAGUAUUUAGGAAAACUGAAAUCCCCGAGGAUCCUGUUUUUCCUGCGUUUUGGUUUUUCUUGCCGUUUCUUUGUUUUUCUGUUUCUUGUCCUUUUACGUACUUAAAACUACGAUGCUCCGAGAAGCAAAAAUCAAAACGAAACAGGACGCAGCACGCGAUUCAUGAACUUCAACGGCAGAGACAAGCCUUGGAGCAGCACUUCAUGACCAAUCCUAACGACCCAGCUGCCGCACAGAUGCUCGAGCAGAACGAGAUUCAGCUCGAGCAGUAUCUACUUGCUCUGACACAGGUAUGAAUAUCCUCGAAAGGAUGUGAAGACGUUGAGAUUAAUAUUCAUGCCGAUUUUUUCCGGUGCAGCAAAAGCAAACACUCGUUGCUUGGUGUUCGUUCAUGUGUUGAGAAAAGGCUUGCGGGAAGCUCUCACGUUGUGGUCUGUUUACUUACUUUUUUACAUAAAUAAAGAUUCAUUCUCAACAUAGGUUCAAGCGCAGGUCCAAGCAGAGCAGCAAGUGGCCGCUUUGCAGCUUCCUCAGGAACUUCCUCAAGAGGACGAGGACGAGGAGGGCCUGAUUGAAUCAGCAACGAAUGCCCUCAAGAACGUCGUGGUAUGUUGAAAAUAGACCGGCAUUUUUUCUCUUUUUUUGGAUCCAGUGAGUGUUGCGCGAGAUGAAGAAAGUCAGAUCAUCUUGCUAUAGCCAUCUUCAUACUAUCGGAAUAAUAAACACGUGAGAAUGAGAUGAUCAGACCUAACUAUCGUAAUAAAAUAAAACAGCUUGUGUCCCCCAACGAAGUAGACGACGUAGCAGCCGACUUUCAUACGCCCGUGCAUGAGAAGCAGGACAACAUGGACGUAGCUGCUGACUGACAAAAAAGCUCGCGGAGCAGCGCUUCGUCGCAAUAAUUGCAAACGACCGCGAGAGGACCCUUGCUUCGCGGGAACUAUUUUCAGUUUUACAGUGCUGGGAAAACAAGCAGGUGCCCGGGGAGGAGAAUUUGAAUUGUUUUGCGUACCCCCACUGCUGCUGCACACGCCGCAAGUGGAAGAGGAUUAAAGACAGUUGUGAAGCUGUUUUGUCAAUCAGAGAGCCUGUCGUGCAU